AUAUAAUAACAAAUGUUAUAAAAUGUACAAUACAUGUAUAAUACGCAUAUAAUUGCAUCGAAGAGGAUGUGGACGGAGAUGUGAAAAAGGAAGCGACUGGGAAACCCAUCGUGGCCGAACCGGUUAAAAAACCCAGGGAGAGCAAGAAAAUAGAAGUGGUUUGGAGAAGAAGAAGAAGAAGAAGUCUCUCUGUGGAGGUGGGUGGUUCGAGGAUGGACGACGGAGUCAAAAUCGCGGCAAUUCCAUUGCUGGAGGCCCAGUCAAGAAUCGGAACAGCUUCGACUACACAAACUCUCGGUAAUAUUGUCGUUUCGAUUGUGGGAACCGGCGUUUUGGGUCUCCCUUUCGCUUUCCGAGUAGCCGGUUGGUUAGCUGGUUCUAUCGGCGUCGUCAUCGCUGGUCUCUCCACCUACUAUUGCAUGCUCCUCCUUGUGAAGUGCAGGGACAAGUUGGCAUCAGAAGAAGAACAAGAGGACAACCAACCCAAUAACAAAACGUACGGCGAUUUGGGUUACAAGUGUAUGGGAACGACAGGUCGUUUUAUAACUGAAUUCCUCAUUUUCGUUGCCCAAUGUGGAGGUGCUGUGGCUUACCUAGUAUUUAUAGGACAAAACCUUUCAACAGUGUAUAAAGGCCAUGGCCUAGACUUUAAGACCUACAUAUUUCUAUUAGUUCCAAUAGAAAUUGGGUUAUCAUGGAUAGAUAGUCUAUCUGCCUUAGCACCAUUCAGUAUCUUUGCUGAUAUAUGCAAUGUUUUGGCAAUGGGAAUUGUGGUUAAAGAAGAUAUACAACAGGCUUUAGCGGGUCAAUUUUCCUUUAAAGAAAGAACAGCCAUUACAUCUAACAUAGGUGGUUUACCCUUUGCUGGAGGGAUGGCAGUUUUCUGCUUUGAAGGUUUUGGGAUGACUUUGGCUUUGGAAUCUUCAAUGAGAGACAGAAACGCAUUUUCGAGGUUGUUGGGUCUGACUUUUACUGGGAUAACUUUUGUGUAUGUGUUAUUUGGUUUCUUUGGUUACAUGGCUUAUGGUGAGGAAACCAAAGAUAUUGUCACUCUCAAUCUUCCCAGGAAUUGGUGGACGGUAGCAGUUCAGAUUGGCAUGUGCUUGGGGCUUAUAUUCACAUUCCCAAUCAUGGUACACCCAAUAAAUGAGAUCAUAGAGGGAGAGUUGAAGAGAAGCAAAUGGUUUCAGAAGCCUAAUGAUGAUUGUUCAAUAACAAAAAUAGCAAAGUUUGGAAUAUACACUAGCCGUGCAAUUUUGGUGAUGGUUUUGGCGGUUUUGGCAUCCUGCGUGCCAGCUUUCGGUGCAUUUGCUUCCCUUGUUGGAAGUACUGUAUGUUCACUGAUCUCAUUUGUUUUGCCAUCCAUAUUUCACCUAAAAUUAUUGGGUUCUUCCCUACGUUUCUGGCAGAGAGCCUUGGAUGUUUUAAUUUUAUCCUGUGGUGUGCUUUUUGCUGUUUAUGGGACUUAUAACACCAUAGCAGGUGUAUAAAAUUAUUCUUGAGAACUAUAUACACAUAUUUUACAGCUAGUUUAAUAAUGAAGAAAAGAUAGUUCAGUAAUUCAUAGAAGUUAUAUAUAAAUGGAUAACUGCAGGUGUACUACCAUUGAAAAGUCUUUAUAUUUGGGUUUUGAAGUUAAGAAUUCCCAGCAAGUUCUGCUUGCUUUUCUAUAGUGUAAUUCAGUUUUUUGGUAGUGUAAUAGUGCAGCAACUUCUUAUUUGCGCUUAUUACCA